AACCAAAUCGUUAUCUCACAAUUUUUCCCCAAACAAAAACCCUAACAACUCAACUUAUUUUCUCUCCCUCCUAAAAUCGUCCGCAAAUCCCCAUGAAUUUUGUGAAUUAAUCUCAUAAUUCAACCAUGUCCGAACCAUCGACGACAGUAAUAUCUCCUACAUGCUCACGAGUAGUGACAGAAACUGUAAAUGGCUCACACAAGUUCGUUAUUCAAGGCUAUUCAUUAGCGAAAGGUAUGGGCGUCGGAAAGCACAUUGCUAGCGAUAAUUUUACCGUCGGAGGUUAUCAAUGGGCGAUUUAUUUCUAUCCAGACGGAAAAAAUCCUGAGGAUAAUUCUCUAUAUGUUUCGGUUUUCAUCGCGCUAGCAAGUGAGGGUACAGAUGUUAGGGCUUUGUUUGAAUUGACUCUUGUUGAUCAAGGUGAUCAACAAAAGCAUAAAGUUCAUAGCCAUUUUGAUCGGUCGUUGGAGAGUGGGCCAUAUACUUUGAAGUAUAGGGGUAGUAUGUGGGGUUACAAGCGCUUCUUCAAGAGGAGUACGCUUGAACAAUCUACUUAUCUCAAGGAUGACUGCCUCAGAAUAAAUUGCACUGUUGGUGUUGUAGUAUCAUCAGUGGAAUGUCCUAGAUUGCAUCCGAUUCGUGUUCCUGAGUCUGAUAUGGGAAUACAUUUUGGCAUGUUGCUGGAAAAUAUGGAAGGUUCAGAUAUCGUCUUUGAUGUGGCUGGAGAGAAAUUUCAUGCUCACAAAUUGGUCUUGGCUGCUCGAUCGCCUAUAUUUAGAUCUGAAUUUUUGGAUAAGUUGGAGGAAGGAAACAAAGAGAUCGUUGUGACUGAUGUGGAGCCUAAAGUGUUCAAGGCUAUGUUGCACUUUAUAUACAGGGAUUCUCUUGUGGAAGAGGCAGACCUUGCUCCAUUAAGCUCUUGUGAAACCCAUAUAGCUGACUUGUUGAUAGCUAAGCUGUUGGCAGCAGCUGACAAGUAUGGGCUUGGAAGGCUCAGGCAGCUGUGUGAAUCUUCUUUGUGCAAGGGUAUAUCCGUUAAUUCAGUUGGAGAGAUUCUGGCAUUGGCUGAUAAUUAUCAUGCUGCUGAAUUGAAGGCUGUUUGCUUAAGAUUUGCUGCUGAAAAUCUUGCAGCCGUGAUGCGCUCUGAUGGGUUUGAGUAUCUCAAGGAGCACUGUCCAUCGUUGCAAUCGGAGUUGUUGAAGACUGUUGCUGGCUGUGAGGAUGAUUGCAGUAGCGCAGGUGGAAAGUCUCGGAGUGUGUGGGCUCAACUCUCAGAUGGUGGUGAUACUAAUGAUAGACGAGUCAGGCCGAGGACCUGAUAUUGCUUAAUUGUAUGUACUAAUGUUUCUAGAAUGAAGUUUGGUGUGUCAGAACCAAGGGGCUGUCAAGUAUAGUAGACUUACAAGUAAGACCUAUAUUGUUGCGACUUGUGUUAACAUGUGUACAAGUGUUUAGCAUUGAAGUUGUCGGGGGUGCACCAAAGUGUGUUGAUUAAUGAUUAGUAAUGCCAAUGUAAAUGAAUUCGCUUUUCGUUCUAUACUGUUAUGUUCGCCUGGUUUCAAGGCUAUUUGCUUGAUUUAGUGAAUCUAAAUUGAGCUGUCUACAGCUUAUUCCA